AUGGAACAAAUCCUGGGCCUGGUUGUACUUCUUGCCUCUGCAGCGUCGUCUCAGACCGGGAUGCGCAUCAUUGGGGGAUCCGAGUGUGAGCCACACUCUCAACCCUGGCAAGCCUUCCUCUUCGAUGCUCAUCUCACACGGUGUGGUGGAGCCUUGAUCGAUGAGCGCUGGGUGAUCACAGCUGGACACUGCCUAAGAGGCUCUCUCACAGUACACCUUGGGGAACAUGACCUGCAUAAGCAAAAUGUGGGGGAACAGCAUUGCAAGAUAGUCAAGGCCAUCCGCCACCCUGAAUUCGAACCCGUGACUCUGAAGAAUGAUAUCAUGCUUCUGCGGCUGGACCCUCCAGCCAUUCUGGGUGGCACAGUAAGGGCCGUCCCUAUGGCUAAAGAAUGUGCACCCAUUGGGACACAGUGUGUGGUGUCCGGCUGGGGCACCACUACUUUCCCCCAAGUAAAUUAUGCCUACAGCCUGCAAUGUAUGCACGCCAAAAUCAUGGCAAAAGAUGUAUGCAGGUCGACGUACGGAACCUACUUUUCAGACCACCAGAUUUGUGCAGGGGCAAUGGAAGGAGGCAUAGACAGCUGCCAGAGCCUUCUCGCUCUGGACUCUGACCAUUUUGCUCUGGUGAAUCUGCAGGGCGAUUCCGGAAGCCCCAUGGUUUGCAAUGGGGUACUUCACGGAGUGGUUUCAUGGGGAUCUCAGCAAUGCGCAGCCAAAGAACAUCCUGGCAUCUACACGGAGAUCUGCAAAUUCAGGGAGUGGAUCGAGCAGACCAUGGCUGAAAAUUGA